UGAUGCUUGCCCCUACACACGGACCCUCUUCCCUCCCUCUCCCUCACCCGUGGCCUGAAUCUCUCCUCCUCACCGAGGAAACCGCUUUGUUGGGAAGGUGUCUAAGAACACACGCGUGAUUCUCAAUUCAAUCUGCCGCUCCGUAAAGCGCGGUUUCGAAAAUAUGUGCACUGUCUCUUUAAGAUCCCUUCGCUGGUCCGUUUCGUAUUGAUCAAUCCACCAUUUUCCAGCGCACAGCACUCAGCGGCGGCAGCGGCGAGAGAUAGAAAGCCCUACCUGGAGACGCCAGGCAGGACCGGGGGCAGUCAUGGCAGCCAACAUGUACCGGGUCGGAGAUUACGUUUAUUUUGAAAACUCCUCCAGUAACCCUCUACUAAUCAGACGAAUAGAGGAGCUCAACAAGACUGCCAACGGGAACGUGGAGGCCAAAGUGGUGUGCUUCUACCGGCGCAGAGACAUCUCCACAACGCUCAUCACCCUAGCAGACAAGCAUGCACGAGAAAUGGAAGAGGAGAUGGAGAACCCUGAAAUAGUGGAUCUCCCCGAGAAACAGAAGCACCAGCUACGACACCGAGAGCUCUUCCUCUCCAGACAGCUCGAGUCUCUGCCCGCGACCCACAUCAGGGGGAAAUGCUGCGUUACACUUCUGAAUGAAACCGAAGCCCUCAAGUCCUAUCUAGACCGAGAGGACGCCUUUUUCUACUCGCUGGUGUAUGACCCUCAGCAGAAGACACUGCUGGCUGAUAAGGGAGAGAUCAGAGUGGGAAAUAAGUACCAGGCUGAUAUCACUGACCUCCUCAAAGAGGGAGAGAAUGACGAUCGUGAGCUGGAAAAACUGGAGGAGAAGGUGUGGGAUCCCACCAACCCCCUCACUGAGAAACAGAUCGACCAGUUCCUCGUCGUGGCUCGGUCUGUGGGUACGUUUGCGCGGGCUCUAGACUGCAGCAGUUCAGUUCGGCAGCCCAGUCUGCACAUGAGCGCUGCCGCAGCCUCCAGAGACAUCACACUGUUUCAUGCCAUGGACACAUUGUAUAAGAACGGUUACGACAUGACGCGAGCUAUCUCUGCGCUGGUACCCCAGGGUGGGCCCGUGCUCUGCCGGGAUGAAAUGGAGGAAUGGAGCUCAUCGGAAGCCAACCUGUUCGAGGAGGCGCUAGAGAAAUAUGGCAAAGACUUCACUGACAUCCAGCAAGACUUUCUUCCUUGGAAAUCCCUGACCAGCAUUAUAGAGUAUUAUUACAUGUGGAAGACCACUGACAGAUAUGUUCAGCAGAAAAGGUUAAAAGCAGCAGAAGCUGAAGGCAAGCUCAAGCAGGUUUACAUCCCCAACUAUAACAAGCCCAACCCUAACCAGCUAAGUAUGAACAGUGUUAAACCUGGGUUGGUGAACGGUGCAGGAGGGGUUCCGGCAGUUGCGGUUCCGGCAGGUGCGGUUCCGGCAGGUGCGGUUCCGGCAGGUGCGGUUCCGGCAGGGGCGGUUCCGGCAGGGGCGGUUCCGGCAGGGGCGGUUCCGGCAGUGCCCGGACAGCUCGUCGGACUGGGCCGGGCAUGCGAGAGCUGUUACACCACUAAUUCGUAUCAGUGGUACUCAUGGGGGCCGCCCAACAUGCAGUGCAGACUGUGUGCCUCUUGCUGGACCUACUGGAAGAAGUACGGCGGUCUAAAGAUGCCAACCAGACUGGAUGGAGAGAGGCCUGGACCUAACCGCAACAACAUGAGUCCUCACGGAGUGCCUGUAAGACACGGCGGGAGCCCGAAAUUUGCUGUUAAGACAAGGCAGGCGUUCUUUCUUCACACGUCUCAGAUGACCAGAACGGCUCGAAACGUCUGCCAGGACUUGCUGCGAUCCAAAUACCUGGCAAGACACCCGUACACACCUGUCAACACUGCCGCUAUCAAAGCAGAGUGUGCUGUGCGGUUGCCAGAUAUGUCCAAGAAGCCCGCAUCGCCAAAGCAGAUAGGAAGGAAGCCUUUGGAGUCCGUGGUAAGAUACUUGGAGGCCCACCCCUGCCCACCCAAAUUAGAUCCUCCUCGAGGGCCCACCAUUUCCACCGGCAGCCUGACGCCCAUCAAAUCCACGCCCAUCCUCAACAACGGCUCCCCGACCAUCUUGGGGAAACGCACCUAUGAGCAGCACAAUGGCUUAGAUGGGUCCAAACCCAAGGUCCUGGCCCCUCAGUGGGACAUAAUAGCUAAGAGGCUGUCUGAACCAAGCCGAACCUCUGGCUUGCAGGAUGAGGUUCAUGAACUGGACUGACCUCUGCUUUGACAACUGACUGCUGUACUUCGACAAGAUAAGCAGGUGACUCGAGAGAUUUUUUUUCCCCAGCUCUCGCUAAUGGAUGGACCUAAGAAAGGAUCUGCGGUCAGCAUGCCCUGUCCAAGUGGCCCAUUUUUUUAAUAUCUGAAGCCAUUGAAAAGACUGCAAAGCCCUGGUGUCUCCAUGGGUUCCAGCAGCCUGUGGCCAAUUGCUGGACUGAGCUGAUUGUACAGGACUGAUUAUUAUUAUUAUUAUUAUUAUUUACUAUUGCCUGUUACUUCUGUCAUUGUAAUUAUAAUUAUUACAAUAAUCAUUACUGUUCUUUUUUUUUACCAAAUAUAACCUUUUUCUUUUUAAUGAUUUGCUGAUAAAACUAAGAAUCUUGAACGUUUCUUGAACCAGCUCGCUCUCAAUCCAUAAUGUAACAGUGGGACGAACUGUAAUUUUUUUGUCUUUUGCAUUGUUUUGUAAAGUGUCGGAUCGGCACUGACACGAAGGAUUAUGACUUUGUUUAGAUGUUUGUAUUCUCCGUAUCUGUAAGCUUGCCCUGCCACAGCCGUUUAAAUUAUUCGGAAAGACAACAGAACGUUCUUUUUCUACCUUUUUCACAAAAAUUGCAACUACGCUCAUAUGUAAUUUCUCUUUUGUGAAUAUGUAAAUGAAAACGGGAGGGAGGCGUUAUUGUACAGUGGUGCAUUUUAAAGCCUCCGGCGGUUACCAGAGCUUGUUGUAAUGGAUUUGCCAUGCACAGCGUAUUUGAAAUGUCUCUUUUUGUAAGGAAACAUCCCUAGAUUUCUCCUGUAUAUACAUUACGGAGUGUCUAGAGAUGAUGGCAACUCUGAAAAGGUACUGCCCCAUUAAUACAAUGAUGCACCUUCUUAAGAAUGAGCCUGUA